AUGAACACCAACCUCACAUAUGAUUCUGGCGAGCCAAUGUUGCCAACUCUACACCAUGAAUGCAUUCGCGUACCAGUGACAGCACUGGCCUCUUGCGGCGCUCUGCUGAUCGCUGCAGAAGGCCCCUUUUUACGCUUCCACCAUGCCAGCGACUCGCGGUACAUCUCUUCGGAGCGCGUCUUCAAAGCUCAAGCAAUCCAUGGAAUACGCGUCUUUUCGGAAGAGCAUGCGCACGUUAUCAAAUUGGUCAUCUGGGGUGGAAGACUGGUCCGCGCCCUCGAGAUUGACUUUGCAGAUCAAGUUGGCCAACAAGGCCUGAGCCUAUGUUUCUCCAACGUCGCGAAAGCUUCAGAUUGGAUUCUUGAUCUCGCUCCUCGUCCCAAAGGCCUGGAUGACGAUGCUCAGUACCACAAAGGAUCCUGCAUUGCUGUCACUGCUCAUAACGCACUGCUGCACGUUGAGAUGGAACAAAGGACGUCGGACGACUUCCACAUGACCAAGUGCGCAUACCACACAUUGAUCCGUUGGAGAAUACAGCAGGUUAUUGCAGGUGGCGCUGAUAGUAAAGUCACCGCUUCCCCGUUAUUGCGCAUCCUGCAGGCAGAGAAGAACUUACGUGGUGCGAUCGCUGAGUAUACUGUACACGACAUAUUAUCAUGGGCGCGAGUGGCCGAGCCUGAUCCAAACAGGCCUGAAUUUGUGGACGGUCCAAAGUUUCCAAGGAAAGCAGAGUUCUUCCGGAGCUAUUGCUUUGUCGAUGAAACCUCAUUUCUGCUUACUACUAACUCUGGAAACGUACUUAUCGGCGCCAUUUCGUCCAGGACAGCCCCAUGUCAAUCAAGCCUCCUUUCAGACUCAAAGUUACUCGAUGAACUGAAAGAUCUUUCUGGUUAUUCUGUCUGCACGAGUGGCUGCCGUCCUGGUUUCGCUUACAUCGCUGGUAGUAGCGGCAACAUCUACGUGUACAGUAAGGAGUCUAAUACCCUGGCAAAUCUGCAUGCCAUUGGUAGCAAAGUCGGAGACAUCUUCGCUGUGGAGGUAUCAAACACGGAUGGUCCAAAUACGGCGGCAUUACUUGUGACCCUUGUUGGUCAAGGUGAAGCGCAAUUGCUAUACGUGGACCCUGAUAGCAACACGAACGUUCUGAGAGUUGUGCAGAUACCCAUUGCAGAAUCUUCGACCGGUUCGGUCAUCACGAGUAUGACUUAUGCAAGAAUAACCGGGAGAGACAUUCUCAUCAUUGGGUUCCGUCAGGGUUCGAUCGCACUGUAUGAAAUCCGUAAAGGUGAGGGGGUUACGGAUGUUGCUAUCUUGCUACGGAUCAUUGAGAAAGCACACGGUGCGGAAGCAGUCACUUCUCUUACAUGGUGUCCCUCAUCUGGAGGCUCCUUAGGCUCCGUACACGGCCAUCUGUUCUCCGUAGGAAGAGAUGGGCGUCUCAGCGUACACCAGUUCGAUGCAUCUGCAAACGUUGUCGAGCUGGUGCAUGAUCUUGCGGUACCAUUCGGACCAAACAUUGAAGGUUUAUACUUCCAGGACGACCAUCUCCUCAUACACGGCUUCUCAAGCAAGAAAUGGUAUCUCUACGAUGUCACUAGCGAAGAGCAAGUCAUGAGCAUCGAAACCGGAGGAGCGCAUAGAAGUUGGGCCUUCCGGUCACAUUCGUCGCUAGGAGGUAUCCUAGUAUGGACUCGAGCCUCUAGUAUGCAUAUAUGCAGUCAAAACAGACCGAAUCAUACUGUCGUUCGACGAGGGGGUCAUGGACGUGAGAUCAAGGCGGUCGCAGUUGCAUCGGAGAUGAACGGUAGAUCUCACCCGCUCAUCGCCACAGGCGCUGAGGAUACCGAUAUCAAGAUUUUCCGCCAUGUUGAUCAUGAUCUGAUAUGCCAAAGGACUAUUCGCAAGCACACCACGGGGAUUCAGCACCUACAAUGGUCGCAAGACGGUGACUAUCUUUUCAGCAGCGGUGGCUGUGAAGAAUGUAAGGUUUGGGUACAACGCUGCAAAGCUGCUGCUGACUUCUUUCACAGUCUAUGUAUGGCGGAUCCGGGACUUACCCGCCUCCGCUCUUGA